UCAGGAUGAGGCCCCCGCUCCUGCUCGCUGCCCUCCUCUGGCUCCGGGGCUGUCCUGGCCGAGGCCCACCCCCCAAAGUGAACGUCAGCAGCCAGGGGAGUCCCACGAGCCUCUUUGUGAGCUGGGCAGCCCCGGAGCGAGCUGGGGUCCCCCACGCCCUCCGCCUCGCGCGUCUGAGCCCUCUUGGCCCCCCCCCGAGGGCCAGCAGCUGCAGGCCCUCACCCACGCAUCCAGCCUCGAGUUCCAGGGCCUGGUGCCAGGGAGUCGCUAUCAGCUGGAAGUGACUGCCCUGCGGCCCUGUGGGCAGAAUGUCACCGUCACCCUCACUGCCCGCACGGGUAUGGGGUCUGCAGGCUGAGUGGGAGGGGGCCGACCCAGAGGGCUGGCAUGGGGCAAGGUAGUCAAAGGGGGCAAGUUCUCUGCGGCC